AUGAUGGAAAGGUUUGUGAAUGAUGGAAUACUUGCUAAUCUUGAUUUCUUCGAUCUGUCGACUUGUGUAGAAUUAGUUGGUCAGGAUGAAUCCAUUAUUGAGGAACAAGAUAUUCCAGCUAUUGUAGAUGUUAAUGUGCCUUUGAAAAGGUCACAAAAGACUAGGAGGUCAACUAUUCCUGAUGACUAUGAGGUUGUAUUUGGAGUCUCUGCAGCUUGGAAAGCUGAAGGAGAAGAGAAGGAGAAAACCAUAGUCUCAGUUAAGGAAUCAAUAGUGUUUCUCGAGAAGCAGCUUGAAGGGAGGAAAUUUUUUGGCGGAGAGAAAAUAGGAUAUUUGGAUUUAGUACUAGGUUGGAUACUUCACUGGACUGGUGUUAUGGAAGAAGUAGGAGACAUGAAGUUGCUUGAAAAGGAUAAUUUCACAUUAAUCCAUGAAUGGUCUCAGAAUUUCACUCAUAUUCCAAUCAUAAAAGAAUGCCUUCCACCCAGAGAAAAUCUCCUCAACCAUGUCCGUACUUUCGUCAGUUACUUUCUCUUGUUAGCAGCAGACAAACCAUGA